GUUAAUCAAUAAAGCAAAUUAACCAGCUCAGCACACAGGUACUGAGGUGAAUCCAAGAUGGCCAGUGAAAGUCGUCCAAGCUAUCCAUACGGCUACAAGCCCAUUCAGGCGAGCAAGGGCUCGUACAGAGUCAUCCCUGGGGCCACGCUACCUGAAGGGGAGAGACAAAGAGCCAUCAACAGGAGGCAAACUGCCAAGAACAUGAAAUCUUACAAGGUCCUGCUCAUAGGAGAGAGUGGUGUGGGGAAAUCAACGUUGGUCUCACGGCUGUGUGACGAUACCUUCAGUGUUGACAGCAGACAGCACACACUAGGUAUGGACAUGUUUGAAAAAGAGGUCGAACUAGAAGGAGAGAAAGUAAAGAUGUAUAUAUGGGACACUGUCGGUACUGAGCGGUUUGACUCUAUCACUACCCAGUAUUACAGAGGAGGGGCGGGUAUUGUGAUUGUGUACGAUUGCACAUCUCUGCAUUCGUUCAAUCUUCUCACCAAAUGGAUAGGAUACAUUCAUACUCAUGCAACGGCCGAUGUCAGCCUCAUGCUACUGGCCUCUAAGACAGAUCUGGAUAGCAAGAAAGAGGUGCCUGCUGACGAUGGACAAAAAUUUGCUAAUCAGUACGAAAUUGGGAUGUUCUAUGAAGUGAGUGCCAAAACGGGAGAGAACGUGAGUGAGGCCUUCCAAACUUUCUUCAAAGACAUACACAGAAAGGCUACCUGCCCUAUGCCCAGUCCUGAUGAGCCACUUCCUUCUCCUGGGAAAAAAUCUUGCAACUGUUAGCCUAAUAUGUGUAUGUGUGUGUUUGUGUGUCAACAAUUUAUGAUUUUUAUCAUGAUCUCAAAGAAAGCUGCUUGCAUAAAUUUA